AUGUUUUGUUUUCGAUAGCCAUCGCUAAACAAAAUAUUAAUUUAAUAAUAACUUAUUUAAACUGAAAUAGCACACAAAUUAAGCUUUACGUUUCGAGCGUUUUAGAAUAAAAAUAUUUAUAUUUACGUCGUUUUAUAAAUUGAGAAAUGGGUGAUCUAAUUGAAAUUCCAACAUAUUCUCAAAGAAAUUGCUUGUUUUAUAAAGUUACAAGCAAUACACUGGUAAUUGAAAUCAAAGGAUCAAACAAUGCAGCAAUAGGACUAGCCACCCGGCCAAGCAGCAACUGUGAGAUAGAGAUUUAUAUUGGAAAUGAGUUUUGUUGGAUUAAAGUGGAGAAACAACCCAGAAAAAAGUUAAACAGAAGUUUACUAGCUCGACACUCAUUCAGAAAAUUUCUAAUCACCUGGUUCACAGACCGGAUCCAGCUGUCUAAUGCUAGCGGGGAGUCUUUGAUCAACUUUCUCACUGUUAUUCCGGACAUCAAGUAUUUCACUUGCUUCUCCUUUAAGCUUCGUAAUUUAAUACAAUGGAGAUUUGAGAUACCUCCACCAAGACCCAUAAUGGAGCACAAACCCAUAACUACUGGGUCUAUGGAAUGGAUACCGUGGAACAAUCAGCUACCAGAUGGGGCCUUGAUUGGAGGAUAUGAGGGGGAGAACCUGUACAUCAUUAGGUCCAGGCAUAGGGGCUCCACAACUCCGGGCAAGUUUGUGCCCUCCACAGGAGUGGGCUACGUGCCAUGGGGAGGGCAAUCCGUCAAUAAGUAUGAGUUUGAGGUCCUCUGCGGCUACAACUGCUCGUGGGAGCCUACAUCCGACGACAUCAUCCCCGUCGGUGCCAUCGUGGGCGGGCGCUCCGAGGAUCACGAGGAGCGGCUGUUCAUCGGCCGCGCGCGCCACGCCGGCCACCUGCUGCCCGGGAAGGUGCAGCCCACGCACCGCUGUUGCUACGUGCCUUAUAAAGGGAAGGAAGUAGCAGUGAAACACUACGAGAUCCUCGUGAACCCGGACACGCACAUGAGCCGCGCGUGCGUGAGCCAGGUGCUGGCGCGCGACAGCGAGGACUCGCCGGACGACGACUCCGGCCAGGACGACGACCAGUCCGACGACAACCAGCCGCAGUACGUCGCCGCCUACUGAUGGCUGCGGGAGAUGCUGGACUGGCUCUUUGUGUAUAUGGAUUUGUAGUAUAAUUUAUAAUGUUUAGAUGAUAAGGUUGAUAUUUAAUAAGGCAAAUAAAUUAUAAAUGCUGAGAUUAUAGUA